AUGGAUGGAAAUGGCAGUCUAAAUUUGAGAAAUUGGGGCUUUAUGGAGCCUGAGCCGGCCGCCUUUAAGGGAAAUUUAGGCCUGCAGCUUAUGUCUACCAUGAAUGAAAAGCCCCUUUUUGGCGGUGUAAGGGACCAUCACCAUUAUCAGUAUCAUCAUCCUUACCAGGCUCAUUCAACUGUUAUGGCGCCAUCCACCAAUGGGGGGCCGUAUCACCACCAUCGAGUUGGUGGGUUUUUGGAGUCGUCCGCUCCGAUGGACUACAUGAGAGAGGUUUAUAAUAGGGAAAAAUAUAUGAAUGUUUUAACAAAUAACCAUCAGAACCAUCCUCAGUUAAGUUAUGGGGCGUUUCCGGAGACUUCUUCCUCUCACUCUGUUGAAAUGAUUCAGCAGAGUAAUUUUUUGGAUACCGACAAUGUUUGUCGUCAGGAGGUUGAAAAUUGCGAAAUUAGAGAAGCUGUUGGGACUGCAAAGAAGAGAGGCAGUGACAAAAUCCCAAAGUCUCCAAAAGCCAAGAAACCUAAGAAAGCUCCUAAGCCUCCUAGAGAAGAUUGUGGGCGAUCAUUACAUCGUCCUAGGGCUCCCAAGAAAGCUGCAGAGAUUUUCAUCAAUGGAAGGAGUUUGGAUCUUUCAAAGUUUCCCAUACCGGUUUGCACAUGCACCGGAACUGCUCAGUAUUGCUAUCGGUGGGGUGCUGGGGGAUGGCAGUCUGCUUGUUGUACAACUGGCAUGUCAGUGUAUCCCUUGCCUAUGAGUACUAAACGACGUGGUGCAAGGAUUGCUGGACGGAAGAUGAGUCUGGGGGCAUUUAGGAAGGUUUUGGAGAAACUUGAUUCUGAAGGUUUUGACUUAUCUAAAUCAAUUGACUUGAAGAAUCACUGGGCCAAACACGGAACGAAUAAGUUUGUCACAAUCCGGUGA